AAAUCUGAAGAACUUUCAAUGCUAGAGAAAUAAUUUUCCCUUUCUUUUUCCAGCCGCAUCGCCGUGGCCGGCCGGCAGCCGCCGCAACCUUCUUUCUACGAUGCCUCGCAAGCCCAAACGGAAGGCUCCGGCCUCACCGGCGAGGCACGACCCUUCGCCGGAGCCCUACCCUUCCCAUGCCUCCCCCUGCUCGGCACAAUGCCUGGUAGUCCGCGACGCCCUCCUCGCGUUCCACGGGUUCCCCGAAGAGUUCGCGGCCUUCCGCGUCCUCCGCCUCGGUGGCCUCUCGCCUAACCGUGACCCUCGGCCUUCGUCCCCCACAGUGCUUGACGGCCUCGUCACCACGCUCCUCUCCCAGAACACUACCGACGCCAUCUCCCGCCGCGCCUUCGCCUCGCUCAAGGCCGCUUUCCCCUCCUGGGACCAGGUGGUGGAUGAGGAGGGAAAGAGGUUGGAGGACGCCAUCCGGUGCGGCGGCCUGGCGGCGACGAAGGCGGCCAGGAUACGGUCCAUGCUGAGGGACGUGAGGGAGCGGAGGGGCAAGAUUUGCCUCGAGUACCUGCGGGAACUGUCGGUGGAUGAGGUGAAGAAGGAGCUCUCGCGGUUCAAAGGGAUUGGACCAAAGACCGUGGCAUGUGUGCUGAUGUUCUAUCUACAGAAGGAUGAUUUUCCAGUGGAUACUCAUGUACUCCGCAUUACGAAGGCUAUGGGCUGGGUUCCUGCUACAGCUAGCAGGGAGAAGGCCUACAUUCAUCUAAAUAAUAAGAUUCCUGAUGAUCUGAAGUUUGAUUUGAAUUGUCUUUUUGUAACUCAUGGAAAGCUUUGUCAGUCAUGUACCAAAAAGGUGGGAAGUGAUAAAAGAAAGAGUUCCAAUUCUGCCUGUCCUCUAGCAGGUUACUGUUGUAUUGGAGAAAAGCUUCAGCAACUGUGAAGGCAGUAGCUGGGGGCGUUCAAAAGGCUCUGCUGUGUUUGAUUCGGCAAAUGCUUUAUCACAAUCGGUGCAAACUUAGCUGAAUGCUACCGCCCCACUUGUUUGAAAAGGACGUCUGCACUUGAGUUCAACUGUGUAAACCUGGGAGCUUUGGAUGGAGGACUUGUGGAUCCUUGAUGCGCAUUUGUUGCAAAUGCUUUGGAUUGAAGCAGAGCAAUGUACCAUACCAUGCUGGCAUGCGAUCUAAGUGGCCGGCGGCUUGCUUCAUGCUCACAUGAAGUUUAACUACCAUCACCAUCGGUUGCAGCUUCAAGUUUGGUUCGGUUGUAAUGAAACGGAUUCUCAUAUGUUAAACCUGAGAGCCUUCUGUUAAGCCUUGUUUGAGUACUCUAGUAUUCACCUCAAUCCACGUUUAUUAAAGUUGAUUGAGGUGUAAAUUAAACUAAUUUACAUCAUAGUCCAACUCAAUACAUGUGGAAUGAGAUGAAUACUAGCGUGAAACUCUACCAUUUUGACCUUUCUCUGGGUAGUAGUAACCGAUUUUAGGGUGCAUCUUCAGACACUCAUGAAUCAUGAUCAAGUGCUACCAUCUUUGCUUCGA